CAUCAUUCUGACAAAAUGGAGGACGGUUAGACAAAUCUGUCAAAUAUCUGUCAUUUUUUUGCGUAAUUUAACAGUCUUGAUUUCAAAGCAAUCUAUUAAUCACUUGCAACUAUAUCAAAAUUAUUAAACUGUUGUAAGAAUGGCCACCACACCUAUGUCAGAGAUAGUCUAUGCCAGGGAAGAGGGGCACGUCAUGUCAGACAAAGUUUCCCAGUUGGCUUCAUCUGUCUAUUCUGAAUUUGAAAAGAUGAUAAAGAAAUACGACGAAGAUGUCGUGAAAGAACUUAUGCCCUUGGUUGUAGGUAUUCUUGAAAGUCUAGAUCAGGCAUAUUCAGAGAAACAAGAAGUAGAUGUCGAAAUAGAGUUGUUGAAAGAAGACAAUGAACAACUUUUGACGCAGUAUGAACGUGAAAAGCAACUUCGAAAAUCAGUAGAUCAGAAAUACCUGGAGAUGGAGGAUGAAACUGAAGAGUAUAAGAAACAAUCUGAGGAGAAAAUGGAAAGUCUUGAGUCUAUAGUCAGGAUGUUAGAACUGAAGAAUAAGAAUGCUAGUGACCAUUUGAACAGACUGGAAGAGAAAGAAGCUGAAUCAAAGAAAGAAUACAAUAAAGUACAUGAAAGAUAUACAGAGUUGAUGCGUACCCACAUGGACUACAUGGAGAGAGCAAAGAUGUUGAUGGGAACUGAUCGCAUUGCAGAGAUGGCCAACAGUCCAAGAUCUAGUAUAGAUCGAGGGUCAAGGAAGGGCAGUUAUAAUUACUGUUUCUGGAAAUCACCACAACCAUCACCCAUAGACAUGGGUGGUUUCCAGCUUCCUAACCUCAGACCUGUAGGGAACAUGCACCUAUCAGGAACUCCCCUCAGUUCUACAAACAGCCCACCAGACGCGAGUGCAUUUGACAUGAUGUCACCGCGUAGUGGCAAAGACUCUAAUGUCAGUAUUAGAAGUGAACUGAGUGAGUCAGACACUCCGGAUAUUAAUUCAAACACAGGUCGUCAUGUGGUUGUUACCACAGAAACAAGUGAUAAAGAACAGAAUACUGAUGCUGUUAGUGUUAGGGAAUUUGCCACUGCCACAAAAACAGAAGAAGACAAAAAGGAUCUCCCUGCCUCCCUCCCUGAUACUUCAGAAAGUAAACCGGUUACCAUUUCUAGUCAGUCUGAAUCAACAAAUACUGAAGUAAAGACAGUAGAUAAAGAAAAAGAUAAUGAAAGUGUUACUGUUGAAUCCGUUCCAUCUGAUCAGGUUAAUAAAACUGAUAUUGAAAAAGAUAAAUCUUGUGUAGAAACAAAUGCUCAGACUGAAACAGAGAAAGUGCCAAAUGUCGCAGAAUGCAGUGAUGCAACCAAACAAGUAGACUCAAAGCAAGUUACAGAAAAUUUGACUGAAGGAACUUCAGAAACUGCUGUGAUUAAUAAUGUAGAAAAAGUAUCAGAAAAGAUUGUAGAAAAGAAAGAUAAAACUAAAAAGUUAGAGAACUUAGAAAAAAUAAAGAAAAUUGAUAAGACUGAGAGAAUUGUCCCUGAAACACCCCAGUCGCCUGUUUCACCAGUGUUUGAUCCAGGAGACUUUUCAUAUGAGGAAGAUGUUAUGCCUGGUUUGGAUGAAACCAUUAAACAUAUAGUGGCAACAACACCAGAACUAGAUGAAAUGGAAGAAUCUAUGGACAGCAGUGGCAGCAUGAAUAAUAACAGAACUCCAAAGAGAAAUGAUGCCUCAAUAUACGAUGAACUUACAAUACAAGAUGCUGACCUGAUAGGGGAUGUAGACUAUGGUGCUGAUAUAACAGGAAGGGCAGUGAACCCUGCAGAUUAUGCGUCAUCAGACAGUGAAGACGAGAAGGAUGAACGAGGAUCAAAUGUGAGUGACAACUUCUUUGGAAUGAGCAGAGAACUGGAAAAUUUGAUUCUGGAAAAUACAGAGCUGCUAGCUACAAAGAAUGCCUUAAACAUAGUGAAGGAUGAUCUGAUAGCCAAGGUGGAUGAAAUGUCCAGCGAGCAAGAAAUCCUGAAAGGAGAGAUACAGUCUCUGAAAGCAGUGAAGGACAAAUUACAGGGUAGAAUCAAAGAUCUGGAGGAAGAAUUGAAGAAAACAAAGGAAGAACUAGAGAAGAAAUCCCAGCAGGCGCAGGAAGGGGAGACUGAGGAUGAUGUACCUAUGGCACAACGUAAACGUUUCACACGUGUGGAGAUGGCACGAGUAUUAAUGGAGCGUAACCAAUACAAGGAGAGAUUAAUGGAGUUACAAGAGGCAGUACGAUGGACUGAAAUGAUUCGGGCUUCCAGAGAACACCCAGAAAUUGCCCAAUCAAAGAAGAAAUCGUCGAUUUGGAACUUUGGAGAAAGUCUCGUUAUUACAGCAAGAGCAUCACUGUUCAGAUUUAUUAUUCAGUGGUUACUGUACUUUAUACCAUUGAUGAUAAAUUUCUUCAGUAAUCUGUUCAGUAGUUCCCCUGACAAACCAAAGAAGAAACCUCUGCCUGUUGCCAUGGUGAAGUACAAUGCUCCGACAACCAAUGUGCAGCCUGUUGGAGACCCCAAUCAGAAGAAUAGGGGCAAAUAUAACCUUGGAGACAAAAACAAGGCGUACGAUUUCCUUCAAGAUGACUUAAACAAAUCACUUGGUGAACCAAUUGUAUCACAACCAGAUACAUCUGAAAAGGCAAAGAAAGAGAGAGAGAAGGAAAGAAAGGAGCAGUAUAAACAGGUUCGUGCGCACGUGAAGAAGGAUGAUGGUCGAAUGCAGGCGUAUGGAUGGAGUCUACCUGCCAAGUUUCAGCCACAGAUUCCAAGUGCCCAGUCACGGAGCUCGGUGCCUGUUCCUGUACCAGUGUAUUGUCGACCCUUACUGGAAGGUGAACUUGGGUUGAAGAUUUGGUGUGCUGCUGGUGUAAAUCUUACAGGAGGUAGAACUAAAGAUGGUGGCUCCAUUGUGGGAGCUAGUGUCUUCUACUCUAACCCUCCAGAGAUAGAGGACAGCAAGUCUGGAAACACUGAGGUGGAUAAAUUAGAACAACAACUCAAGGAUCAUGAAAAUAAUAUAAAGAAAUUCGAGAAAGAGCAUCUGUCUUCCUUUGUGUGGAUUUGUACAAGUUCUCAUUCACAGAGCAAUGCUUCUGUUGUUGAUGCUAACAAUCCUGGUGAUAUACUUGAGACUUUCAGAGUGUCUACUACACCUAUACUCUGUAUAGCUAGUGUUCCAGGAGCUCUGGAGUCAGAUUACCCUGUGGAUGAGGACAUUCUGAAAGCUGAGUCAUAUCCCCAGUACCCAGACCCGGUCCCUGAAGACACAUCUAAAGGGGAGAACAAAGAUGGAGUGGAGGAUGCUGGUGUUGGUGGGAUAUCCUUUGUACAGUGUGCAACAGGUGGAGCUGGUAAAAGUAGCACAUCAUCUCCAGUUGGCUCUCCACCUGGGUCCAGAGAUGCUUCACCAGGUCGUUCUAACAUCCCAGAGGCUGUCUCAGAAAGACUCUCUAAACAAGAAGAUGAUGUGAAAUGUCGAAGUUCCAGUAGCCUGAAUGAGAAGAGGGCCUCAGUAGAUUCUUACAUACCUAUCAACAAAAGGGCCUCGCUUGAAUCCCUGUUUGGGAAACGCACAUCAAGGGGCUCUAUUGGUUCGGUUGAAAAAGACGGAUCAUUGCCGCAGAGUAGUGAUGUCAGUCAUUUCCAUACUGGAACACUAGAUAGAAUAGCCUUUGGAGAAACACUACAGCCAACUGUAUUCAAGGCUAAAGGAUCCCCAGUAUCCUCUGGUACAGCCACCCCUGACACCGGCAGUGGGAUCAUGAGUCGGCGUAUCCUACGUGAGCCUUCAGAGAUGGUGAAGGAUGGGAUUAAUUCAUUGGCUUCGGGAAGUAAUCUUCAGGCAGAGGAGGUAGAAAAAACUAGUAGUGUGCUACCCACCAUGUGGCUCGGUGCACAGAGUGGAAGUUUGUAUGUUCAUUCAUCAGUGUCUCAGUGGAGAAGAUGUCUGCAUUCUGUUAAACUAAGAGAUUCAAUCCUUAACAUUGUACAUGUGAAAGGACGUGUACUGGUUGCCUUGGCAGAUGGGACAGUAGCAAUAUUCCAUAGAGAUACAGAUGGGCAGUGGGACCUUCAGAAUUACCAUUUACUAGAUCUAGGAAAACCACAUCAUUCCAUACGCUGUAUGUCUGUGAUUGCCAACAAACAUGUCUGGUGUGGAUAUAGGAACAAGAUACAUGUUGUAGACCCACAGUCUAUGACAAUUACAAAAAGUUUUGAUGCACAUCCACGUAAGGAAAGUCAGGUGCGACAGUUGGCUUGGGUUGGGGAUGGUGUCUGGGUAUCAAUACGCCUAGAUAGUACGUUAAGACUGUACCAUGCUUACACACACCAACAUUUACAAGAUGUGGAUAUAGAACCAUAUGUUAGUAAGAUGUUAGGAACUGGAAAGUUAGGAUUUUCAUUUGUCCGUAUAACCUCGAUGUUGAUCUCAUGUAACCGACUGUGGAUAGGAACAGGAAAUGGUGUAAUAAUCUCAGUACCUUUGUCAGAAAACAACAAGCAGACAGUAUCUAUGGGAUCAUCUGGAGGCCGACCAGGAGGUCUGGUCAGGGUGUAUAGUGACACUAAAACUGAUGAUGUUAUGCCAGCUAGCUUCAUCCCUUACUGUACGAUGGCACAGGCCCAGCUUUCUUUCCAUGGUCACAGGGACGCAGUGAAGUUUUUUGUUGCAGUACCAGUGCUGCCUAUUGAACUACAGACAACAAAAGCAACAGGCAAGAAGAGACGAGGCAUAAGCAAUAUAACUACCGAUGUUGACAGACCAGAGGCAGGGGAACCAUCUACAGAUGAUGGAUCAAGACUGGUGAUAUCUGGUGGAGAGGGAUAUGUGGACUUCCGAAUAGUCUUUAAUCUACAGUUGCCCAAAGCCAGAAAAAUAUUGGGUGAUGGAGAUGACGACAUACUUCUAGGUGAUGCUGAGGAAAAAGAAGAGAAAUCUUCACUGAGUAAAGGAGACAGAAGUCAUCUAAUAGUGUGGGAAGUUUCCUCCCCUGAAUGAUCAAAUUGCUGUGGCAUACUUGAUAUUAGUGAUGAUUCUCUCCCUUUAUGUAGGGGAGAUAACUUACCUGUGAUUGUAAAGAUCUGACUAUAAAAGACAAUUGCGUAUUUGAAAGGAUGUUGGACAAUACAUGUUAUGGACAAUCAAGUCUGUAACUAUGUAAAUACUGCUUACAGUAAGCAUCAUAUGGUAUUAAUAUAUCUGUGAAUUCUUCUUAAAAUCGAUGUUGUCAUCUAGUAUUCAGUUGCUUCUAAAACUAUACUUAAAAUGCAUUUCAUGCAUUCAGCUUCAGUUACUGGUAUAAGAGAAAGGAAGUACUCACCACAAGCUGAGCUUCUCUCAUGGUACUAGUAGAAUAUAGCAGAAAACAGAAUGUCACUUUAUGUUUGUUUUGUAGCAUAUAUAAGCAAAAUUGUGCAAAAAGAAUUUUCUACUGAGUAGAGAUUUGUUAAGAACACUUUGAUUUACUGCAGAAUGAUGGUAAGCUUAAUUAAUGCAACGUUAAUCAGAUACUGUGUUCAUCUAUGUCUAUGAAAUCUCAUAUUUGUGUUUUAAUACACAGUGACUGAUUUGCCUGAGUUAAAUCUUAUUUAUAUUUUAUUGUCACAAAUCACUUCUGUUGUCUGCUUUAAUACAGACUGAUUACAGUGAAUAGGUGAAAUGAUUCUCCCUGGUUCAGGUUACAUAUUGUUGUAAUAUCUGAAACUGCAACAGGAGUUUGAUUAAAAUAAUAUUUUUGUAUAAAGUAAUUACUUCUUCUGUUGUUUUCCUUGUUAAUGAGUGUUGUUGAAGAUUUUUGUUAAGAUUUUUAAAAACUGUGUUCUUGCUUUUUUUACCCAUAGCUUCUCUCUUUAUGUUAUGCUUGAAAAGUCCAUUAAGUAAAAACACGGUUUUCCCUAUUUUACAUGUAGUAUGCAUUAAAAAUUAAGUCAGAACGAUUUAGAAUACUAUUUUAUUAUUCUGUAAUUCCAAAAUUAUUUGCUAUAUUAUGUAAUAAUUUAAUUAAUAGAAACACCAGUAUGUAAUCAACUUCAGGAGAGGAAGAUUAAGACCUUUAAUAUGGAAUAAUUUCCCUUUUAUUGUCUUUAGCCAUGUUUAAGAUGGGUCUUUAUUUACUUACUGCUGUUGCGUUGGCAGAUGUCUUAAUGUGUGAAAAUUGAUGAAAUAUAUGAUAUUAAAUGUACCAGCCAUUUGACUGUCUAAUGAUUUCCUUUCACAAUAACAAUUUUCUUUGUUUUUUUUUUUUUAAAUUCUGAAUACUUUAUUCAUAAUUCUAGAUAGUCAUAAGUUAGGGAGUCAAUUUUAAGUGCAUUUCUAUCUGUAAAACACUGACAUAUUGCUAAAUAUUUACUUAUAUAGAGGGGGCAUUAUAUGCAUGUGUAUUUUAUUUAUAUAUACAAAUUUAAUUGUUUCUUAAAAAAAAUGGAGGUUUAAAGUAAAUUUACUCUUUGAUAUUCAGUAUAUUAAUGCUAUUAUAUAGUUUGCUGGAUUUAAACAAACAGGCUAUGGCAAUACCAACAGUAACUUGGAAGUACUGCAUAUGACCAAUAUUCUGAGAGUGUUACUUAUAUAUAAAUACUAUACCAUUGGUCCCUUGUGAUUCUGAGAUGACAACUCGUGUGUGGAAAGAACAGGAACCACAGACAUAGUUACACAUGAUCCUAAAGGUCUGAACCAGUUGGUUUUGAUGUAUCUCUGUGCAGCAGGUGUGAAAGUCUAGAUUCCAUAUAUUUUUAUUUUGAUAUAAUGAGAUGUAAAACCAAACUUUUUAAUUCUGUUCGGGGUAAUAUAAUAUAUACUGUGUUAAUGUGCCCUAAAACCCAAAUCAAACUAUCCCAUUGGUCUUAGGGAUUGCUAUAUCCAAGUACCAGUAAGACUGAAAAUAAGUAAUUAAGUGUCAUUAUACACUUAUAUAUGUUCCAUGCUUAAGCUCCUUGUUGUAAUUAUUCUAAGAAAAUAUGUUCAUUUGCCUUGAGGUUAUAUAGUUCCUUCUCAUGUGUGUAUUGUAAAUAGUGAAUGUGCAAUAUUGAUGUAUGUAAUGUAACAUUUCAGAUCAUUUUGUAAAUACAAAAUAUGUAUAUGUGGUAUUCCAAUAAAUGGCUUUAAAUGUGUGUUAUAGGCUUGCAUGAACACUGAGUAUUCAAUAUAUAUAUAUACAAGGUUAUCAGAUUUUAAUUUCGUGGUUCAAACAGAGGUCAUGAACUGUUUAAAUAUCAGUUAGACAAUGUAUGACCUUCGCUAAGGUGGCCAAAUUAAGUCUGGUUGUUGCAUUGUAGAUAUGUGUAGUGUAUCAUUGUAAAUGAAAUACAAAUUAGACAAUAUUUAUUUGUAUGCAGGUGGUUCUAUGGAAUGAGUGUACAGCAUUUCUCACUGUGAUUUAUUUAAAUGAGCGUGCCAUGGGAAAACCAACAUAGUGGCUUUGCGACCAGCAUGGAUCCAGACCAGCCUGCGCAUCCGCGCAGUCUGGUCAGGAUCCAUGCUGUUCGCUUUCAGAGCCGAUUGUAAUUAGAGAAACCGUUAGCGAACAGCAUGCAAAGCCACUAUGUUGGUUUUCCCAUGGCAGGGCUCAGAUAUUUUAUAGAAAUUAAUAGGCUAGGCCAAAUAUUCUUACUAUAUGAUUUUAAGCAGGAGAACAACUCAGUUACAGAAUAGACUAGACUAGAUAAUUAUCUCUAGAAUAGUACAGAUUUUGAAAAAAUGAAGACGAUGGUAUUAGUCAUAUCUGUAAUGAGCUGAUGUAAUUAUUUUUAGUUCAGUGGCAUCAUCAGUUUCAAUACUAACUGCAUCGACUGUGUGAAUCUUUUUAUGUUUUACAACUUUAAAAAUAAUUUGACAGUAGUUAAGCUGUUGUUCAUGAAACUUGAUUGUGAUGUUAAACAGAUGACACAGCUUUUUUGACAUUUUAAUAUUUGUUCGACUAAUAGACUAAAGUUUAGACAUAUACGUUUUAUGAAUAUCUUCAUUUGUUUUAGUUUAGUAUUUACAUACAACAGACCUCUUUAGAAAUCUGGUAUAACAUCCCAUCUGAAGAUGGGUAUAUCUUAUAGGUGUAUCAGUCUGUCAUUAAUUUACACACUCUAGUUGCAUAUAAGUUUACAAACAUCUCAUUUUGUCUGAAGUAAAUGUACAUUUAACUUAUAUCACAUCUGAACUGAACGUAGCUUUAGAACAAGUAUAUCUUAUAAGUUGUUUAUGUGGGGGCAUACCAUCGAUUUACAGACUGAAAUUCCACACACACACGCUGUUCCAGCAGAGAAAUUGUUCCGAUUUCAAUAUUGGGGAACAUUAUAGCAUUAUAAAUUAAAAACCACAGCAAGAUUUUCUGUUUCACUGUAAUAAAGCUAUAAAGGAGACUUCUUAAUGCAAUAUUUAUUCAUGAAGUUGAAAACCUAGACAUCUUGCAGCUUUGGCAACGUUAAGCAAUUUCUUAUUUAGACAUAACUGCAAUGAGCUAAUGUUUAAAUGCAGCAACAUUUACAAACUGGUGGCUUUCAGGCAACCAAUGUUCAUUUUGCAUGUAUAACCUACAUUCACUGAGCAUACUCCUUUUUAAAAGACAGUUGUAUUACAGUUACCUGAGGUAAACUACAAACACAUUUUAAAGAGAGAUAGCCUUUGAUAAGGGGAACUGUCAGUAGUUUAUUCUGAUUUGUUGUGUUUGUAUGAUUCAAGUUGGCUUUCAUAUGUUAUUACAUGUUGCUAUGAAUGUCUAUGAGCAGAUGUUAUAUUAUUGCUAUAUACUGGUAUGUGAAACAACUUGAAAUAAAAGAAUUUCCCAGAGA